AUGGAGACUCUUUUGGCACAUUCAUUCGACUAUCUUUCCUCAUACGAGCCCAGCAAAGUCCGCAAAGGAUUGCGCCAGGUCGAGGGCCUGUUGGCACAAAUAUGCCUGUCUAAAUCAAAAUGUACAGCCGACCGGCGCCGCUCAUAUUUGGCUACCGAGGCUCAACCGCCUCCCAAGGCGCUGGCCGAAUUGCGAGAUGAUCCGGCCUUCAGAGAAUUCUUCAAGCUACAAGAAAGCUUCCAGUGGAAUGUCGCCAUGCGCCUAGUGUCCUGUCUCGAGCAUUUACUCGGCCGUGGCAGCAAUGGCACAAACGACAUGCUCAUCGUCUGUACCCUCGACCUAAUCCAAGGCGCACUCCUCCUCCACCCACCCUCACGCACCCUCUUCGCCCGCGAAAUCUACAUGAACCUUCUCCUCGACCUCCUAGACCCCAUCAACUGCCCAGCCAUCCAAUCAGCCACCCUCCUCACCCUCGUCACCGCCCUCCUCGACUGCCCAGCCAAUACCCGCACCUUCGAAGACCUAGACGGCCUUCUCACGGUAACAUCUCUGUUCAAACAACGCGCCACCUCGCGAGAGGUCAAGCUCAAGCUAGUGGAGUUCCUGUACUUCUACCUCAUGCCUGAAACACCGAUUCUGGGGCCGGGCGCCAGUCCGCCGGGUCUGCAGCGCAGCCCCAGCAAGAUCUCCUCACGACCCAUGUCUCAGAGUUCACAUACCUCCGCAGGGCCGGGCAAGAUGAUUCGUGAUACGCGGACGACGGACGAAAAGCAGGCUUUGUUGGGCAGGUAUUUGAAUAAUGUGGAGGAUUUGGUCGAGGACCUUAAAGAGACGGCUCCGUUUGGAGCGACGGUUUACUAA